GAGUAGUUGUGGUGUCGGCAGGUGGAGCUCCAUGUUCUCAUUCAGACUCCAGGAGGUCCAGGACUCCCUCUCACACACACACACACACACUGUCACACUGACACACUCCCUCUCUCUCUCACACACACACACACACAUGCGCGCGCGCUCUUGCACGCGCACACGGCUGUCAGGCGUGUCAGGGAGAAGCGCUCGAGCCUCUCUGAGUUGAGAGAGAGCGCGCGCUCUGUAGUCAGUGUUUCACCGUCAGCGGGACCGGACCACACCAGUGUGUGUGUAUGUGUGUGUGUGUCUGUGUGUGUGUUAGUUAGUGGAGCUUGUCCGGGUCUUUUUUCUCUCCGGUUGUUUUUAUUUGUUUAGUUUUUUUUCCUCUAAAAUGGGAUUCUGACAGCAGCCGGGCAGCGGGCGCCGCCGGCUCCUCCUGACCGGAAAAUGAAGCGUCUCUGUCGGAGGCUGGCGGUGGCCGUGGCGGUGCUGGUGUGGCUGGGAGCGCUGGUUUACCUGCUGGUGCUGAGCCGGAGGAGGCUGCCGGAGCUCGGGACCUUCCACACACAACACGGUAAAAUCUCUGAUGCAGAGUGGGAGGACAUGCUGGAGGGUUUUGAUGAGCGGGGUUACCUGAGCGCUCGCCGCUGGAAGCCCGGCGACGACCCGUACACGCUGUACGCCUUCAACCAGAGAGAGAGCGAACGCAUCCCCAGCAACCGCGCCCUCAGAGACACACGCCACUACAGGUGCACCACUCUUCACUACGACUCUGAUCUUCCUCCAACCUCCAUCAUCAUCACCUUCCACAACGAGGCCAGGUCCACGCUGCUGCGCACCAUCAGGAGUGUUUUGAACAGAACUCCGGUUCAUCUCAUCCACGAGAUCAUUCUGGUGGACGACUUCAGCGACGACGAAAGUGACUGUCAGCUUCUCACUAAACUGCCCAAAGUCAAAUGUCUCCGCAACAACAAGAGAGAAGGUCUGAUCAGGUCCAGAGUGCGUGGGGCCGACGCCUCCAGGGCCGGGGUCCUCACCUUCCUGGACAGCCACUGUGAGGUCAACAAGGACUGGCUGCCCCCCCUGCUGCAGAGGAUCAAACAGGACCCAACCUGUGUGGUCAGCCCAGUCAUCGACAUCAUCAACAUGGACACGUUUGCCUACGUGGCGGCCUCGGCUGAUCUCCGUGGAGGUUUUGAUUGGAGUCUCCAUUUCAAGUGGGAGCAGCUGUCACAGGAACAGAGAGCUCGACGGACCGACCCGACCCAGCCCAUCAAGACUCCCAUCAUCGCGGGCGGGCUCUUUGUGAUUGACAGGUCCUGGUUCAAUCAUCUCGGCAAAUACGACACGGCGAUGGACAUCUGGGGCGGGGAGAACUUCGAGAUCUCGUUCCGGGUGUGGCAGUGUGGCGGCAGCCUGGAGAUCCUGCCCUGCAGCAGAGUGGGUCACGUCUUCAGGAAGAAACACCCGUACGUCUUUCCUGAGGGGAACGCCAACACCUACAUCAAGAACACACGUCGCACAGCCGAGGUGUGGAUGGAUGACUUUCGUCUCUUUUACUACUCUGCUCGGCCUGCAGCACGAGGGAAAUCCUACGGAGAUAUCCGAGGCAGAGUGGAACUGCGCAACAAACUCAAGUGCAAAUCUUUUAAGUGGUACUUGGACAACGUCUACCCAGAGCUCAAGGUCCCAGAUGACAACGACUCUCAGUCCGGGGUGAUCAAACAGCGGCAGAACUGUCUGGAGUCCCGCAGGGUGGAGGGCCAGGAUCUGCCCGUUCUCACACUGGCUCCCUGCAUUGGGACAGAGGGCGUCCCCUCCACCAACCAGCAGUGGGUGUACACUCACGGGCAGCAGAUCCGACAGCAGCAGCACUGUCUGUCUCUGUCCACCACCUUCCCCGCCUCCCAGGUCCUGCUGAUGCCCUGCAACAUGGCCGACGGCAAGCAGCGCUGGCAGAAGUCGGGGACUCACCUGGAGCACCUGGUGUCCCGGUUCUGUCUGGACUCGGAGAUGGCUCUGGACGGGAUGGACUCGUCCCGCAUGCUGGUCAUCAGCCCCUGUGAACUCAGCGCGUACACACAGAGAUGGGAGGUGCCCUUCUCCUGACCCCUGACCCCUGACCCCUGACCCCGGGACCCCCUCCACCUCCACCAACCUUACCUUUCCCCCCGUCAGUCACUCCUUCCCAGAGAGCGCCGCUCUGAGCGAGUGAGGCUGCAUGAGCACGUCGAGCGGGAACUUUAUUCCCACUGUCUGAUUAACUGAGGGACGUUUUUAAAGGAAGAGACGACAUCAGAGAUCAGAGUGGAGAGUCAAACCAAGUGCACCUUAAAACCCCGAGCUGUCAAAGACCCCCGGCUGCACAGAAACUUUGCUUGAGGACAAAAAAAAAAUAUCAGAGAAUGUGUCUUGUAAUCUUUUGCAAUGAAGGUGUCUGUUUUUGUUUUCACAGAUUUCACAAAUUUAAGAAUUUGGGGAUUAAAAACCACAAGCACAACUGGAGUUUUUAGCUUACUUGUCACUGUCUUUACUGCAAUAGAAGCUUCCACAUAGCAGAGUAACACAUGAACAGGACGCGUAUUCUUGCUCUAAAUUUACAAGGUUUAUUAUUUAUUGUUUUUUUUUCAGCAGUUGUGUAACUUAAUAACAUCACAAAAUCACAAUUUAUUCAUGUUUUGUUUUUUUUUGACCCAGCUGGUCAACCUGAUCCGAUCUGUACAGAAACCCUGAGAGGUGAGUGAGAAAAAAAACAUCUAAUGAUCCAUUUAUCAGCCUGAUUUAAACUGUUUUCUCUCCUUUUUUGUGACAUUUUUUCUAAUCUGUGUGAAAGAAAAGUUUUGCCAGGAUCAGAAACAGUUGGAAAAAAAGUUUUUGAAUGGGAAAAAUAGAAAUAUCUUUGUAAUUAGGAUCAUUUUUGUACGUUUUUGUUGUUGUAAAAAUGAUAAAAGUACAUGAAUAACGUGAAACCUGGAGAAAACAGCGGCGCAUUUCUGCCUCUUGUGGCCACAAUGAGUAUUACAACAACAAACACUUAAAAUGACCCUGACAAAAAAUAAAUAAAUAAAUAUAUAAAUCACCUGCCAAAAAACAAAAUAAAACAAAACCAAAAUUAAGAAAAAUAUCCUGUAAAAUCACCUGGAAUAACUUUAUUAUUUAACUCUUUCUACAGCUGAUAAAAAAUAGGUUAAAUUUGUAAAAUAUCCAGCAAAAAAUGUCCUUUCAACUGGCAAAACUUUAUUUUUUUGCAUUGUUUUACCACUAAAAAAGUAAGUAGGAUACAUUAGAAAAAUGAUCGUGCAAGAUCCUGGAACGAACUUAGACUGUCUAGAAAACAUUUAUUUCCUCGAGAGAAAUUAAAAAUGUAAAUUUAGAUUUAGAAGAUGCAUCACCAGAAUUUUUCUCAGGGUUUCUGUAGACCUCCCUCAAGUUUUAAAGCAGCUGGAUAAUCACCUUUAAUCUGGAAACUUUCUAAUUCUACUCACUUCAAGAUGACCUUAUUAUUAAUCUGCUUUGUGAGACAGAACCAAAAGAUCUAACACCGGUAAAUCUGCACAGAACUCACAAUGUCCUCUUAAUGCUGAUUCAUGAACCUUCCUCUUGUGUUCCGGUCGCCACCGACCCAUUUUAGGUUUGAAAUGCAUAAAACUACCACCCAAUUUUUGUUUAUUGAAUCAAGGCUUUUUGACUUUGUCAGGAACUUCUAUUUAUACAAAAUAAAACAAAAAUCAAUUUCACUAAAUUAUAAAAUUCCCUGGUGAAAAUGAUAAAGUUUGUGUUGUUUCAGUUAGAAUAUAAGAUCAUAAAACAGUAUUUAGUGAAAUAUAUAUGAGUCAAAAUUGACCCGUAACACCAUAGAUGUGACUAUAGUUAAUAAUGGAAUAAAACAUUAAUUUGAGAUGUUGAGAUAUUUUAUAGAAUUCUUUUGAGGUUCAUUUUACGAUUUUUAAAAAAUUCAAAACGAGGCGUAUGCUGUCAAAAAGGCCCCCAAAAAAUAUUAAAACUAAUCUUUUAUUGUAUAAGGAAGCAUAUCAAGGUCACCAAGAGCUAAGAAACAAAUUGGAUAAUAAAUAAUUGUUUUAAGGGUAUUUUAUGGAUCAUUUUAACAUAAGAGAUAGCAACAGAAAGCUAACAGAAAGCUAACAGAAGAGGAAGGUUAAGUGUCCCUACUGUCACUGUUCUGAAG